GAGAAAGCGACUGAGAGCAAACACCUUGAGAAUACUGAGUGUGUGUGUGUGUGCGCGCGCAUGUGUGUGUGUGUGUGUGUGUGUGUGUGUGCGUGCGCGCGCGCGCGUGCGCGACUGAGCUUGAGAGCGCACUGUUCCUAUGGAGUGUGAGUGAAACUCUGGUCUUGUUCAGAGUGAGACUGAGGGACAGAAGGAGACUAAAACAUGGCUCCCAGCUCUCUUCUGCACUUCUGCUUCUGCAUGAUAUACACCGCGCAAACGUGUUCUGGAUUUAAUGUGGAUGUCCGCUUCCCGGUUAUAAAGGAAGGAAAAACCAAAGGCAGUUUUUUCGGGUUCUCCGUAGCGCAGCACAGUGUGACGGUGAAGCCCAGGAAGUACCUACUCCUGGCAGGAGCACCCAAAGAGAAAGCCUUAUCACAGCUGAAGGUAAAUGAGACUGGAGCCAUCUACUCAUGCCCCAUCACCACAGACCUGACCGACUGCACCAGAGUGGACCUAAUCACCUCCACAGAUUCAUCCGAGAUGAUAGAAGGCAUGUGGCUUGGCGUGACCGUAGCCAGUCAAACCGAGCAUCCUGGUGGACGAGUGUUGGCAUGUGGCCACCGCUAUGUUAAAAUAGUGCAGGGUGGAGGAGAGGAGCAGCGGCGCAUGGUGGGCAAAUGCUUCGUCCGGGGUAACGACCUGAGCUUUGACCACAAUGACUUAUGGCAGGACCACUCAUACGAAGUGUGCAACCCCAACAACGACAUGGAGUUGGAAGGCAUGUGUAACAUGGGCAUUUCUGCAGGCAUGACGGACAGCGACGUCUACAUCGGCUGCACUGGGAGUUUUGAAUGGCAGGGCAACGUGCAUGUUACAUGGAGAGACACAACCCCAGACAACUCCUGGGAUUACAGUGAAAAAGACUUGGGUUCUCUAAACAAGCGCAACAGCUACAUGGGCUACUCUGUGACGGAAGACAUGAAGUUGUUGAGCAUAAACGAGUACACAGUGGUUACAGGGGCUCCCAGAGACGACUCCAGGGGUUCAGUGACACUGGCAGUGAAAGGGUCAACCAACCUCGAGCCUGCAAUUGUGAUCCCAGGAGAGCAAGUGGGCUCUUACUUUGGGAGCAGUAUAACAGUGACGGAUCUCAACAAUGAUGACUGGAAUGACCUGAUAGUGGGAGCGCCGUUCUAUUUUGACCGCGACGAAGACCAAGGCGGAGCAGUGUACAUUUUCAUGAACGAAAAUGGAGCUUUCCAGCUCAAGCCUAGUGUCAUCCUGAACGGUGCCACGGGUUCUGCGUUUGGAUUCGCCGUGGCAGCUAUAGGAGACAUAAAUCAGGAUGGAUUCCAAGAUUUUGCAGUUGGAGCUCCGUUCCAUGAUUCUGGAAAAGUCUAUAUAUGGAUGGGGAGCAAGGAGGGAAUAACAAAUGUUCCUAGUCAGGUUAUUGACGGGAAGUCAUUGGGCUCUGGUGGAUUCCAGACAUUCGGUUAUUCCCUUAGCGGAGGCAUGGAUAUGGAUGGCAACAAAUAUCCUGACAUUUUAGUCGGGUCUCUCGAUGACCGUAUAGCACUUCUGAGGGCACGUCCAGUUAUCCAUUUAUCCAAAAACUUCACAGUAGAGCCAAAGAUUGUGGAUCCCAGCCAGUGCACGGAUACUUGUAUCACAGCAAAGAUGUGUUUUACUUAUAUGCUGAGCAACGGAAACCGCAACUUCAAGAAGGACAUUACUGUAAAAUACACUGUAGAGGCAGACCGCAAUCGGCGAAGCCCAAGAGUGCAGUUCCUCAAUGGAAAAAGCACAUACACAGGCCUCCUAUCGUUCUCCUAUCCGACCUGCCAGGAGCUCAAGCUUCAAGUAAACGAGCAAGUAACAAAUAAACUGGAGCCAGUUGUGUUUCUCCUAAAUGUUUCUCUGAGUGAGUCUGCAGUUCAACCCCAAGAGACACUACAGGACCUUGACGCAUUCCCUAUGCUCAGUGGCCAGCAGCAGCUGACUGAGAAAACCGAGAUCAACUUCCAGAAGGAGUGUGGCUCUGAUAACAAAUGUAGCAGUAAUCUGCAGGUGAAGGCACAGUUUGCCAGUGAAGAGCAAACCGUAUUCCCCAGUGUAGAUAAUAGACAGAUGAUGGAAUAUAACAGCAGCGUCAAGAAGCUGGUUCUGUUAGUGGAGGUGAGCAACAUGCCCGAGAGCGGCAGGGAGGCUGAGGACGCACAUCAUGCCAUGCUCAACAUCACCGUUCCCCCUACACUCACCUACUAUGGCUUUCGGUCCAAGGAAAUUGAGUGUAACACUAACAAGACUGUGAUGUGCAAUCUUGGAAACCCAUUUAAGAGUGACAGGAAGAUUUCCUUUCAGAUCAUAUUUGAGACUUUUACUACACUUUACACAGAGCAGAUUGUGCUGCAGCUCCAGCUGUCUACUCUGAGUGAACAGAGUGACCUGUAUCCUGUGCCAGUCGUCCUCAAUGUGGAGAACACAAUCCUCACCUCUUUCUCUAUAGAGAACGCAGUGGUGAACACUUAUUUUAGUGGUAAAGUGGUGGGUGAGUCAGCCAUGAACAGCACAAGUGACAUCGGCAGUCUAGUGGAGUACGUCUUCAAGGUGCGUGUGUUGGGAGAACCACUGGGAGUGUUAGGGACUCUGGUCGUGGACUUUAAAUGGCCUGUUGAGGUGACAAACGGUAAAUGGCUGCUGUAUGUGGCAGAGAUCUUAACUGACGGGACGUCUGAGUCACACUGCGUUCCUCCGGGAAAAAUCGUUAAUCAUCUGAACUUAACACUGUCAAUGAAGAGCUCGAAGCGGCAUAAGCGAGAUUUGGACAACAGCCAGCCACUCACUGAAGCAGCUAUAACCCGCCUCACUCCGCGCAAAAAGAUCUUCCUGCUGGACUGUGCGGAGCAGACAGCUCGCUGUGUGACCUUCUCGUGCCCACUGAGGAACAUGUCCACUACAUCCUCGCUCACCGUGAGAGCCCGUGUGUGGAACAGCACCAUGCUGGAGGAUUUUGCCAACGCUUUUCGGGUGACCGUGAAAGGGAACGCCACGCUGAGGCUGGAGACCGACAAACCCACCAUCAAGAUGAAAACUGAAAAUCGAGAGUUUGUGGUGAACAUUGAUCCUGUUCCAGGAGAAGAAACCCCAUAUAACGUUCCAUUAUGGAUAUAUAUCAUUGCAGGCGUAGCAGGAAUCCUCUUAUUAGGCAUCAUCAGCCUCAUCCUGUGGAAGUGUGGCUUCUUUAAACGUGCCAGUCGAAGGGAGAUGUACGAAGCCAAGGCCCAAAAAGCACAGAUGAAGAUACAGCCAUCCGAGACAGAGAGGCUGACUGAGGACUACUGAGACCGUACGGGGUCUCCAUCGGCCCCCUGUUGGUCCUCCUCGUGUGGGUUCUUUAAAAGAGCUGUCUACUACAAGGUGAUGCCUAAAUACCACGGAGUGAAAAUACGCAAGGAGGAGAGGUACAAGUUGAGCCGGGCUUUCCAGCCUGAGCACGAGCUCAGCAAAAAACUCUGGGUCACUAACUGGACAGAAGUGCAAGAAUAUUACUACUGAACUUGGAAAGCACCCACUCAGCUGCUGGUUUAAAGGAAUUCAGUGGCUGGAGAUUUCCUUUGUUAAAUGAAACAGACUCUGGGACAACAUUUACACAUGAUAAAGAAUCAAGUACUGGGUGAAGUGUGUUGUUGUUUGUUGUUGUUGUUGUUUGUUGUUGUCUGAUGCAAUAUUAUGUUGCAGAUCAACAAGUUUCCAUGACUGAAACCAUUCAGCAUUCUGAAUACGUAUCAUUAUUAUUUUUAUUGAUUUUCCAAUACUGAAAGUAUUGCCGAACAUUUCCUCAUGGAUAUCUUUUGUGUACUAUAGUGUGUAUUAUGGUAUUAUAGAAUGAUGUUUAGUUUAGGGCUUUUUUUAUUGUAUUUUUUAAAUGACUACAGGAUGAUGCUCACACUCUGACUGACACUGUGAGAGACAUGUCUUCUUCAGAGCAGUCUGACCCACCAAACUAUGAACGAUUAUGAGGGAUUGCAACAGAUUGCAAGUGUUACAGUUUUGUAGCCGGGAUGAAAUACAUUUCACCUCUUUAUCUGCCCGAUAGAUAUCAAAGACACAACGACACUGUCCUGUACAGAGGCACACAGUGAAUUAUAGCACAAGGAAGAGUACCACACAUCACUGAUUAUUGAUAUUUAUUUUAUAUGUGCAUAUAUGACUAAUAAGAGUCAAUACACUGGAGAAUAUAAUGUUUGUUUGGUUUUUUUUAGUGUUUUAUGUGCUUCUCUGCUAGUCUGUAAGAUUCACGGUAAGAUCAUCAUUCCAGUUCAAACUGGUUUCACGUAGAGUAUGUUAAAAAAAAAAAAAAAAAGAAAUGAAACGUCAUGAAUUUCAUCUUCUGUGUCGUUCUGUGAAAGAAUGUCGAUCAGCUGUUUUAUGACACUGUCAUUAGGUCCUGUUGUAGCACUAUAAAAAAGAUUUGGGUAAAUCAUUAGCUUCAAAUCAGGACCGAAUUUAUUAGUAUAUCCAGAAAUGGUGAUUCAGUAAUCCAUAUGAGUCAGAAGGUACUUCUUUUAUACACUCCAGAUAUUAAAAUGUUUUGUAUAUAAAUGCAUUGGUUAUUGUUAUUGUUUCUUACAGUGAAUUUGACUGAUAAUUGUACAUUAUUUUUAAAUUGACAUAUGUGAAGUGAUCUAAAUGACAGACAUUGUGAUGAUAUAUACUUUUAUAUAAUGAUGGCUUGCUACCUUUAAUUUAAUUACUGUAUUUUUUUGAAAUAAUAAGCUGCCCAGACUAUUUUUAAGGUGACACAGUGA